GCCUCCGACCAGAUGACCAAGGCCCCGAGUGGAAACAGCAGCUCCAGUCAGGUCACAUUGAGGCCCCAGGAAUCUUCAGGAAGUUGGACCUUGACCCACCUGAGCGGCUGGGCUUGCCCUCCAUGCUUGGAGCAAAUGCCUUGGCUGUCACACAAAAGGUGGAGGAUACUCUCCCGAAGCAAGAUCUGGAUCGUCGUUAUGGUGUCGGUGGCUGGCUCCCCAUGCGCAGGUUCAUGUUGCAGCAAUCCAACAAACUCAGAGGCAUCGACGAUGGACGUUCCAGUGGACACAAUGCCAGUUGCUAUGCCGAGGAGACCAUCUAUACCUCCUCGCCGGACUUCGUUGGAGCAGCAGGUAAGACAUGCCUGCAUCUGCUUCUGCAGCAAGGAGGAGAUCUCCCCCCAUGGUCAGCAGCGGUUUUCGGCACGGCAGAUAUG